UAAUUUUCACCAACAUUAUAGCACCCGUUAUCUUUCUCAUUCCUCUCUCUCUCUCUCUAUCUCUUUGGAAUUGAAAUGCUCUUUGUCCCUAACACUCUCUGCUGUCACUGUAUUUGCGGUUUUCUCUCAUCUUGUCCUGCAACUAAUUAGGGUUUCCCCCAUGAACUCUCACAUCCAUUAAUAGUACUCCAUUUUUCAUUCCAAGAUAUAUCAUCGAUCUAUCACACCCUUCAAUAGAAUAGUUGAAAAUUGAAGGAAGUUCCAACACACGUCCAAUUGAAGUGAAAAAAGAUUCCUGGUAGGCAAUUAAGAAGAUCACAUAUAUGGCUUCAUCAUCUUCUUCUUCAAGCUACUCAAAUUCUCCAUGUGCGGCAUGCAAGUUCUUGAGAAGAAAAUGCUUACCGGAUUGCAUUUUCGCGCCCUAUUUCCCGCCGGAAGAGCCACAAAAAUUCGCAAACGUUCACAAGAUCUUCGGCGCAAGCAAUGUAAGCAAGCUUCUAAAUGAAGUUCAGCCUCAUCAAAGGGAAGACGCGGUGAAUUCUCUUGCAUAUGAGGCUGAAGCAAGGAUCAAGGAUCCAGUUUAUGGUUGUGUUGGUGCAAUUUCAGUGCUCCAAAGACAAGUUAUUAGGCUUCAAAAGGAGCUUGAUGCCACAAAUGCUGAUUUGAUGAGAUAUUGCAAUGAAGUUCCUAACCCUACUUUAGGAAGAAGGAAUAAUAAUAAUAAUAACAACAAUAAUAAUAAUUUGGGUGAAGGAGGUGGUGGUUCUUUUUAUUACCCUUCUUCUUCUUCUUCAGCUUGGAACAAUGAUGAUACUUGUGGUGGUGGGGAUGGUUACCAUAGAGGUUGAUUUGAUUCAUAUAUAUCUAUCUAGGUAUAUAUGUAUGUGAAUCAAUAAUUAUUAGUAGUUAUAUGAUAAUUUGAAUACUCACGUAUAAUUGUCUUUAUACGAAAUUAAUAGUUAAAAAAUAUCUGUUAGAUGAUAAUUUAGUCAAACAUAUUAAAUCGUCUAAUAAUUUUUAAUUAAUAACUUCGUAUAAAGACAACUGUACGUGAAUUUUGACUUUAUUAUAUAUGUGCAAGUUGUUGUUGUUGUUUGAAUACUUAGGGUUUACUUGCUUUGGUAAAGUAAUAUUUGGUGAAGGGGUUUCAAUGUGUUUGUAUAUAUAUAAAUGUUUGUAUAUACAUAAUGUAUGAAUAAGAGUUUUAUUAUUUAUUCCACCUAAUAAUAUA